CAGACCAGAGGUGCAGUACCAAGGAUGAUUGGUGUGAGAGCUAAGCUGCGAGCAGGUUUCUGCAUGAGUCGACGCACAGUGGCUCACGUUUGUGCCCGCUCGCCUAUCCAGCCAUACAAGAAGUCCGGUAGCCUGAUACGAGCUGAUGAAAAGGCAGCGCCUGAGUUUUCCAGCAAGAACAGCGAGGAGAUGAGCUUCAACAGCCAAGGGUCAAAGCCAGAAUCUGAUCAAUGCGGAGGCGGGAAUAACAGAGUCAUGGUUGUGGUCGAUAAGAGCCUCGAAGCCAAAGCCGCUCUGCAAUGGGCGCUUUCCCACACUGUUCAGAGCCAGGAUACUGUCAUACUUGUGCAUGUAACCAAGCCAUCAAAACAAGGUGGAAACACCAACAAUGAACUCGACCAAAGGAGCUAUGAACUUCUUUCCUCAAUGAAAAACAUGUGUCAAACAAGAAGACCGGGGGUGCAAGUAGAGAUACAACUGCAAGAAGGAAAAGAGAAAGGGCCAGUUAUUGUUGAAGCAGCCAAGCAACAGAAGGUGUCUCUGCUGGUCUUGGGACAAAGAAAAAGGUCGAUGAUGUGGAGACUGCAUACCAUGUGGUCCGGGAAAAGGGCACGCCCUAAGGUUGUCAAUUACUGUAUUCAAAACGCCAAUUGUAUGACAAUAGCAGUUAGGAGGAAAAGCAGGAAACAUGGAGGAUAUUUGAUUACCACAAAGCGUCACAAGGACUUCUGGCUGCUGGCUUAGCAAAAAAUACUUCAAUCGUCUCACUCUUGCCUCUGCAUCUCGAGUCUUGAUGGCCUAGAUACAAAGCUGCCUCGCAAGAGAGAACAAAAUUGUUACGUUAUUUGUUAUGCACAUUCCACAUCCACAAUCAAUGUUCUAAAUAGGGUAGAUUCUUGAAUGUAAAAACUUUGACAAACUGUCUCUAUACAUUUGAUCUUUCCUCAAAGAAACAGAGCCAACUUUGUUUGUGCUAAUGACAAAAUGAAUCAAUUCA